AAUAAGUGGGCCUUGGAAUUAAAUUACCCAACAAUAUAACAGCAUGAGUACAAAUCACUCAGUUGUACACCGAUACUCGUUUCGUUUGGGCUGUUGAAAAAUUGAGGUCGAAAAUACAUUUCGAUUAAAAAUUCCUAUUUUUGUGCUAAACGAAAAACAUUGGACCAGUCAAAAUGUGCUGCGGGUAUCCUUGCUAUCCUUGCGCCGCUCUGUGUCCUUGCGGCGGUUGUGGACCCAGUGGAUUCUAUGACCCCUGUUUCGGACCCUUCAACGGGCCCUUCAACUCCUGGUGUGGCCCCAGUGGACCUGGAUUUUGGGGUGGCCGUUGUUGCUAGCAUUAAUUCACUGGUGAAAGCCAUCCCACUGGUCUUCCUGUAUUCACUGGCAGAAAAAAAUAAGGAAAACUUCAAUGAUUUCAAUUCCCAUCUCCUUCAACAGUCCCAAACAAACCGGUUUUAUAACUCAAGCCGUUGGAAACCAUCAAACAAAAUUUGUAGUACAAUCAUUUAAAAUGUAAAUAAACAUUUGCAUUUGGCAAUGGCAACUUAAUAAUUGGAAAAAUAUAUGUCAUACUUGCGAUA